GCUCGUCACGGGGCCGGAACCCGGAGCCGCCGGAGCCGCCGCCGCCCCGGGCCCAGCGCUGCCCCAACCCGGUCCGGAGCCGCGCCGCUCCCCCCGGGGCCGCCAGCAUGUCCAACAUGGAGAAACACCUGUUUAAUUUGAAGUUUGCUGCAAAGGAGCUCAACAGAAACUCCAAAAAAUGCGACAAAGAAGAAAAGGCAGAGAAAGCUAAAAUUAAGAAGGCCAUCCAGAAGGGGAACAUGGAGGUGGCGCGGAUCCACGCGGAGAACGCCAUCCGCCAGAAGAACCAGGCCAUCAACUUCCUGCGCAUGAGCGCCCGCGUGGACGCCGUGGCAGCCAGGGUGCAGACUGCCGUCACCAUGGGCAAGGUGAGGCCCUCCUCCUCCUGCAGGGGCAAGGAGGAGACCUCUCAUCUUCUCUGGAGUGGCUUCGUCCCAGCUGCAACGAGCUGGGAGCUUUCACUUUCGGUUUUAGAGGUAGCCAGGAGUAAAUCGGCCGCUGGAGUUCCUCUGGCAGCUGCUCUUUGGAUUAUUUCACAAAGGAUGAGCUGUCACAGAGACUGGCCCGCCUACGUGAUCAAGUCUAAGUGA